UUUUAACCGAAGACAUUCACGUAUUGAUAGAAGCAAUCUACUCAUAAACGUCAGGAACCCGUCUCACGAUGACUCAAGUCACUCUUCCCACGGCACUCGGCCCUCAAGAGGAUCUACAAACUGUUGUGGAAAGUCGGACGAGGGAAUGGCACUUUCACAUCUAUUUCCUGCUGCAGUCGCCUACUGAGACAGCCGCAGCGCUCGCGCUUCGUGACGCCGUAUUGAGACUCCGUCGUGAUGGCGCCUUCGUCGCCGUCCCUCUACAAAGGGUGAAUAAGGAACCCAUCGGGCCUCAUCCUGCUGGGUCGUAUGAGAUUUGGGUUCCGGACACUUCAUUCUCUGAAGUGUUUUUCUACUUGGCAACAAACCGAGGAAAUCUGAGUAUCCUGGUCCAUCCUCUAACAUCUCAACAACGCCGAGAUCACGAAACUCGGAAUGCUUGGCUGGGUACUCCCUGGCCCAUCUACCUAGACGGGUUACCGCGUAAAAGUGACGAGGUUCCACUUCAGUAUCCUGAGCUACGCCUUGGUUGGUCUACUGCGCCUGAAGACGAAAUCUCUCUCGAUGAGAGGCGAAGGAGGGGGGCGAAGAUCGAGGCAUUGCUGGCCAACGAUCCUGAAGCGGCUCCUGCUCCUGUAAAUUAACGAUGGAGAUAUUUUUUAAGAAAUAACAUGACUUACCAGGGAUGCAAUAGCGUAUUCAUUGCGUUUUGAUGACAAUGGAUAUUAUAAUAGUUACAACUCUCUUCCAAUCGACACAUAACAAGUUGUUACUGCA